AUGGGCGUCCCCGGCCGAUUGCCCUUCUCCAAACGACGACUCCGACCACGGGUCGUCAUUUCAUACAUCCUCGACUACGUGAUCAUUGUCGCCUGCGUGGUCGGCUUUUGGAUUUUAGACUCGAUCGAACCGUUCCACCAACAUUUCUCCCUGCAGAACAUCUCCUUGCAAUACCCCUAUGCCGUUCACGAACGAAUCCCCAUCUACCUCGCCCUAUGCAUCUCGGGCGCCUUUCCCCUCGUGCUCAUUGUCGUCUACACCCUCUUCAUCGAUGGCCUCUUCUCCCACAAGAAGCCGCAAGACCCCGUCUCGGGGAAGCGUCGCAUGCGGGGUCCCUGGCGGUGGAAGGACCGCCUGUGGGAGAUGAACUGCGGGAUCUUGGGUCUUCUUCUGUCGCAGGGAAUGGCCUUUGUGAUCACCCAGGUUCUCAAAAAUGCCUGUGGUAAACCUCGCCCGGACUUGAUUGAUCGCUGUCAGCCUCGCCCGGGCAGCCACGAUCUCCUGGUGUAUGGCUUGUCUAAUUCCACCAUUUGCACUGGAGAUCCCAAGAUUAUCAAAGAUGGAUUCCGGUCGUGGCCAUCAGCUUCUUUUGCCGGACUGUUCUACACCGCGCUUUGGUUAGGCGGCAAGCUUCACAUCAUGGACAACCGCGGCGAGGUCUGGAAAAGCUUCCUCGUUGUUAUCCCCAUCGUUGCUGCCACCCUGAUUGCUGUCUCCCGCAUCAUGGAUGCCCGUCAUCACCCCUUUGACGUGAUCACGGGUUCCCUGCUGGGCGUUGUCUGUGCUACCGUCGCCUAUCGCCAGUAUUUCCCUCCACUCAGCGAGGCCUGGCGCAAGGGUCGGGCAUAUCCCAUCCGAACCUGGGGCACGGAACCGGCCCACCCGGCGGAUAACGGGAUGAGCGAUUUUGUCAGUGACAGUACCUCAGCUCUCCGUCAUCCCGAACAAGAUCGAUUGAGUAGCACGCAUGGACUGGAGCAGCGUGCCUCUCCCCCAAGUCGCCCCCUGCCCUCUGGUGCUUCGGGAUACACAGCCGCAGGUCCUCCAUUUGCCUCUCAGGCCUAUGCUCGCCGUCCCCACGAUCAGGAUCCUGACGGGAACUGGUCAUCGAGCGAAGAUGACGUGGGCAAUGGGUAUGAGAUGCAGCAUGGCUAUGCGAUGACUCAAAAUCCGGGGAUGACCCAUGCCUACUCCCCUGCUCCGGCAGUGGAUACCACAUAUCAGUCCCAAAUGGCAGCGGCUGGGCUUACGGCACCCAAUACAUUGCAGGGUGCCGGCCAUUCACCCGGUCAGGGUCGGCCCUUGACUGAUGCGCCAUUGCGGGACGUGUAA